AUGGCCCUCGAAACAAUUCGCUCGCCCAUUUCUCUGAGCGAUUACAUAACGCUCUCCGACCACCAAGAGACUACACCUGCCAGCUUCUAUGACGGGAAACCCGUGCUCUACUACCAUGCGACGGGCGCAAAGGCCUGGCUGCACAAGUCGAAGCGCGGCAAGCUGCCUUUCUUCCCCGCAGAUUUGGAGAAUGAGCCCACUGCGCCGGAGAAUGGCGCCGUGAGCGCGGCAAAUGAGAAGGUUGAGCAGGUCGUGGAUGUAUUUGUGAACUCUGCCAACCUCGCCCUCUUCUCCCCAACCGCCGCCUGCGGCAUCACAAUCCCCUACCACCGCAUCGGCGUGCACGGCGUGCGUAUCCUGCGCGACCCCUCCACCGGCGCCACCUACCCCUCGAUCUUCCUUGAGCUGGAGCUGAGUGACGGAGGAGGCUGGGAAGAUGACUGCGAUACUGUCGAUCUGACUCUUAUUCCGCCUGCCCAGUCCCAAUCCCAGACUCAUGCCCGGUCCCAGUCCCAUUCUACUACACAGGGACAGAACUCGCAGUCUGCUUCUUCUACCGAUGCAGCCUCUUCAGAGCCUAAAUCCGAAGCUGCGAAAAUGUACGAAGCCAUCUCCGCCUGCUCGCGUCUCAACCCCGAUCCGAACAUUGGCCAAGGCGAAGAAGAUGACGACGAAGAGGGAGACUGGGAUGAUGACGAGGGUACAGCAGACGGUGACGCAGAAGACGACCCUCGCAUCGUCUUUGAGCGGGAUGUCGAAGCUGUUAAUGGCAUCCCCGGCGCAUAUACCGCCGCUAACAAUAACUCUACAAACGGGUUGCCGCCCCCUUUUCCCGGCAGCUCGGGCUGGAUUACCGCAGAGAAUGUGCACGAGUUUUUUGACGAGAAUGGAAAUUGGCUUGGGAGGGAUGGCGAAGAGUUGCCGGAGGUGGAUAUUGAGAUUCGGCUUCCGGGAGAGGAGGGCGAAAAUGGGGAUGAAAAUGAGGGUUUGGGAGAGGGUGCAGGGAGUCGGCGCCCCAGAGAAGAGGUGCCCGAUGGUGAUGGGGCUGAUAGCGCGGAGAGUAAGCGUCCAAGGUUAGAGUGA